ACUAACACUCCAGACCCCACAACCUCACUCACCUGCUCUUCUCCAACUUAGAACCCAGGAGAAAGGAGAUGGACGUGAAGAUGUACAGCCUACGAGAAAGAAAGGGCCAUGUGCACCAAGAGGUCAACGAACCCCAGGAUGAUGACUACCUUUAUUGUGAGAAGUGUCAGAACUUCUUCAUCGACAGCUGUGCUAUGCAUGGGCCCCCUACAUUUGUAAAGGACAGUGCAGUGGACAAGGGGCAUCCCCACCGCUCAGCCCUCACCCUGCCCCCUGGGUUGAGAAUCGGGCCAUCGGGCAUCCCUGAGGCUGGGCUUGGAGUGUGGAAUGAGGCAGCUGAUUUGCCCGUGGGUCUGCACUUUGGCCCUUAUGAAGGACACAUCACAGAAGAUGAAGAGGCAGCCAAGAGCAGAUACUCCUGGCUGAUCGCCAAAGGGAGAAACUGCUAUGAGUAUGUGGGUGGAAAGGACAGAUCCUGGGCCAACUGGAUGAGGUUUGUGAACUGUGCCCGGGAUGAUGAAGAGCAGAACCUGGUGGCCUUUCAAUAUCACAGGCAGAUUUUCUACCGAACCUGCCGAGUUGUCAGGCCAGGCUGUGAGCUGCUGGUCUGGUGCAGGGACGAGUAUGGCCAGGAGCUGGGCAGCAAGUGGGGCAGCAAGUGGAAAAGAGAGCCCGUGGCUGGGAGAGAACCAAAGCCAGAGGUGCACCCAUGUCCCUCCUGUUCUCUGGCCUUCUCCAGUCAGAAAUUCCUCAGCCAACACGUGAAACUCAGUCAUCCCUCUCAGAUUCUCCCAGGAACAUCUGCAAGAAAACAGCUCCAAGCAGAGGAACCCUGUCCAGAGGAUCAGAAUCAGCAGCAGCAACAUACUAGUACGCACAGCUGGAAUGAUACAGCUGAAGGUCAAGAGGUCAAAGAAAGGUCCAAACAUUUGCUUAAAAGGAUCAGUCAAAGGAGAAUCUCAAAACCCUUUUUCCAACCUUCCAAAGAACAAAUGAGCUCUAGUGAACAUGAGAGAAUGAUGGAAGAAGAACCCCGGAGAGGCAAGAAAGAGAAUCCAGAGGACACAGGCAAGUUCUUUGUGAAAGGAGGAAUGUCCAAAAUUAUAACAAUCGAGCAUGGAGGGUGUUGGCAAGGCAUUAAUGAUAGGUCACAUCUCAUCACACAUAAGGUGACACAGUAUGCAAAGAAGCCCUAUGUUUGCAGGGAGUGCGGGCGAGGCUUUGCAUGCAAGAGAAAUCUCAUCACACACCAGAGGACACACUCUGGGGAGAAGCCCUAUGUUUGCAGGGAGUGCGGGCGAGGCUUUACAUGCAAGAAAAAUCUCAUCACACACCAGAGGACACACUCUGGGGAGAAGCCCUAUGUUUGCAGGGAAUGCGGGCGAGGCUUUACACAGCAGUCAGAUCUCAUCACACACCAGAGGACACACUCUGGGGAGAAGCCCUAUGUUUGCAGGGAGUGCGGGCGAGGCUUUACACAGCAGUCAAAUCUCAUCACACACCAGAGGACACACUCUGGGGAGAAGCCCUAUGUUUGCAGGGAGUGCGGGCGAGGCUUUACACAGCAGUCAAAUCUCAUCACACACCAGAGGACACACUCUGGGGAGAAGCCCUAUGUUUGCAGGGAGUGCGGGCGAGGCUUUACACAGCAGUCAAAUCUCAUCACACACCAGAGGACACACUCUGGGGAGAAGCCCUAUGUUUGCAGGGAGUGCGGGCGAGGCUUUACACAGCAGUCAAAUCUCAUCACACACCAGAGGACACACUCUGGGGAGAAGCCCUAUGUUUGCAGGGAGUGCGGGCAAGGCUUUACACAGCAGUCAAAUCUCAUCACACACCAGAGGACACACUCUGGGGAGAAGCCCUAUGUUUGCAGGGAGUGCGGGCGAGGCUUUACACAGCAGUCAAAUCUCAUCACACACCAGAGGACACACUCUGGGGAGAAGCCCUAUGUUUGCAGGGAGUGCGGGCGAGGCUUUACACAGCAGUCAAAUCUCAUCACACACCAGAGGACACACUCUGGGGAGAAGCUCUAUGUUUGCAGGUGGAGUGAGUAAGUCAUUAGCAUUAAGUCACAUAUCAAUAGCCAUAGGAAGUCCACAGCCCCUUACUCUCCCCAAGAUUGUAAUUAGUAUAGAAGUAACUGGUUAAACAAACCCUC